ACAGUCCCCAGAAGGCCUUGCAGUGGAGCAUGCGCAGUGUGAACAAUCAGGCCUGAAGGUGGUGGGGCUCCGGGGAGCAGUUUAGUACAAACACGUUGCCUGGAGGCAGGGCGAGGCCGCUGCAGUCGGGUCCCAGCGCUGCCCCCCGCGUGUGACCUUGUGGCUCCGGCCCUAUGGAGCAGCGGCCUGAGCGCAAGGUCAUUUUGAAUUCUAAUCUGGUCUUCCAAAGUGCCUGCAACUCUAUCAUCUGCAAAUUUUAUAAGCAUAUAAUACACUCCGUUAUCCAAGUCAUUGAUGAAAAUAUUGAAUAGUACCGGAUCCUGCAGGACCCCAUCAAUAACUACUGUGAGUGCAGAUUUUCAACUGGUUGUACACCCAUCUUACAGUAAAGGAACUAUAGCCAGCUCUCAUCAGUCAUCAAAAUGCAAAGGAAUUUAAUACAGACUGUGUUUCAGCUGGCACAUCGGACAUGUUUGGUACCACAUCGCACUGGUUUCCUUCAACACUUAAAAGGGAAACCAGUCUUGCCUCAGACUGGAUGCAAAGUGGUUUUGGCAUUGGGCCCUGAAAAACAGUGUCUCCAUGCAUCUGCUGCACUCUGUCUCUCAAAGGAAGGAAAGUCAUUGGGUGUAUUUUCAUCCCAACCAGAAGGCACUCACCACAAAGAACAAAAGGAAGAAAACCCUUUGAAACCAGCUAGUGUUAUACCCCAGGGGACGCCUGUAGAAUCAAGUUCUUUAGAGCCUGAUCCAUUACAAGACAAAUCAAUUAGUCUCUUUCAGAGGUUCAAGAGAACUUUUAAACAGUAUGGAAAAGUUAUGAUUCCACUGCAUCUGUUGACUUCCAGUGUAUGGUUUGGAUCCUUCUACUACGCAGCCAUGAAAGGAGUGAAUGUCGUUCCUUUCCUAGAGUUCAUUGGGGUUCCAGAAAGCAUUGUAAGCAUUCUGAAAAACUCUCAGAGUGGAUAUGCGCUAACUGCAUAUGCAAUGUAUAAGAUAGCAACUCCUGCCAGAUACACUGUAACUUUAGGAGGAACAUCCAUUACUGUCAAGUAUCUUCGUAAGCAUGGCUACAUGUCCACACCCCCUCCGGUAACGGAAUACCUGCAGGAUAGAAUGGAAGAAACAAAAGAGCGUCUCUCAGGGAAAAUGGAGGAAACCAGGGACAUGAUUAGUGAGAAGAUGGAGGAAACAAAGGAUAGACUAACCGAGAAGAUGGAGGAAACAAAGGAUAGACUAACAGAGAAGAUGGAGGAAACAAAGGAUAGACUAACAGAAAAAAUACAAGAAACCAAAGAUAAAGUUUCAUUUAAAAAAAGAAAAGAAUAAGAAAAUGCUCAGCUUAGGUUGUACAAAAAAUUAUGCAAUUUAACCAUUUGAAGCAUCUGGAUACGGACUUUCUGCUGAGCUUUCAUUUGGCUGGUUGGAGAAUAUCAGUGUUCUAAGGAUUAAAGAUUUCUGUAAAUUCUUUAAUGCUAAGGUUCUUUUUAAAUGAAAAAAAUCUGUCUUAUGAAAGAGAAAAUGAAUUUAGGAUUAAAAAUUCAUAGGUGCAAUGGCAACAGUGUGGUCAGUUUUUUUUGUAAGUCAAGAUGCUUCUCUAAGAUCCACAAUAUUAUUCUGGCCGUCAGCUGGGAACCACCAUUGUGUCAGACUGGUUCCUCCAUUCCCUGGGAAUCCAGAUUUCUUUUUCAGAGAAAGGACAUCAUCUCUUUUUCAGUCAUUAUAAUAUAGCACUGAUCUCUCUCUAACCACUGCCAUCUCAACUCUGAGGCAAACCCUUAGCGCUGGUGCUGCAAGUGACUGAACUAAUGGGCCAGAUCCUUAGCUAGUGUAAAAUGCCAUAGCUACACUGACUUCAGUUGUGUUUCAACAGCUUACACAAGUUGGGGAUCUGGAUCUUUGUUUUAAAAAAUGGUGUCUUGAAACUUUCAAAAGCCUUUCAACUGAAAAUUAUAGUAAGAUGAGUUAAUUACAGUAGCCAUGUAUUCAUUUAUACUUUUGUUUUUAUAUAAAGUUGAAUUACAAUUGAGAAUGUUAUAGCAUUGAAUAAAAUGUAUUGACUGUAACUGCAUAUGGACUAACGCAUAACUGGUUCAUUUUCAUCCAGAAUUAUGCUGUAAUUUACUGAAGGUGUUGCGCUUUGUACUAGCUUGCAAUAAUAAAAUACAAAUUAAAGGGAGAUAAGUCUGCACC